GGCAAUUAAUCAACUCUGCAUCGAAUACUACAUUCACCGGAACAUUUCCGAGGAUUCCGGCAUUGUUGUACCCCUCAAAUUAAACAAAACUAAUUGCUGUUUUCCAAAAAUCCAUUGAAUCUCAUUGGGCGAUAAAUUUUUUGAAUGAGUGGCUGUGGAACUCGAUACAUCAGAAAAAUUCAGUCAUAAAUAUUGAAAACCAUGACAGAGCCUCUUCAUAUCGGCUAUUUCAAUGUGUCAAACAUAUGAUUGAUUGUUUUUCAUGAGUGCAAUUGAGAUAUUUGGUUCUCAUCCAGUGAAUAACGAUAGAGUGGUGAAUUAUUAUUUCAAAGUGAAUGUGCAUAUUAAUCAAUUGGAAGGUACACGCCGUGAUUAAUCGAGGCUAUUGCAGAUCGUUAUUCUGGGAUGCCUCAAUCAACGGAAUGCCCAUUCGAAUGAAAUCCAUAACUACGAAUCAAUUCAUUGGAUAUUGAAAGGCCCUCAAUAGCUUUUUUUCAUGAUCUCUUUUUUUUUUUUUGGUUUCCCUCCGAGUUUGUUCGUUGUUUUUUUCACGUCGAGAGAUAGAUGAGCUCAUGGAGGCAACCGUUGCGGAGUAAUUAGUGUCCCUAUUCUUUUUACUUUCCACUUUGAGAUAUUCCGAACGCGUUCGAAUGCAAUGAGAAGUAAUUAAAACCAUGAAAUUAACUUUGAAAUUGUACAGACUGAUGUGGACGCUAAGAUAUAGGUACAUCAAUAAAUUACCACUGGGUUCGCGACACAAAUGAGUGAAGAAAGAGUAGUUGGCCGACGUCGGGUGAAGAGUCUUGACAAUUUCCUCAAUAGGUUGGUCAAGGGUGAUAUAAAAAAUUAGAUGACAAACAUGGAACUUUUUAUUAUUCUUGUUUGUCUUAUUGGACCGUCUUCUGUAAUAUCAUUGUCAGUUCAUAUUAAAUCAAAUCCCCGAAUCGUACGACUGAGAAACGGUAACAUUCAGGGAUUGGAGCAGUCCUUUGAGAUUAAAGGAUUGAAGCCGGUGGAUGUCUUCCUGGGAAUACCAUACGCUACUCCGCCCAUUGGUGGCGAUAGAUUUUCACCGACCAAAGCACCCAGCCCUUGGAAAGGAACAAGGAAAGCUGACAAAAUUGGUCCAGUUUGUCCUCAAAAACUACCAGACAUUACCGACGAAAUGAAAGCUCUCGAGCGUAUGCCUAAGGGCCGGCUGGAGUACCUCAAAAAACUCCUUCCACAUCUCACCAAUCAGAGCGAGGACUGUCUAUACUUGAACAUCUAUGCUCCUGCAAUGGGAUCAUCGGACAAUGGUAGAAGGCAUCCGGUACUCUUGUACAUCCACGGUGAGAGCUACGACUGGGGCUCGGGAAAUCCCUACGACGGCUCUGUUCUGGCUAGCUACACAGAUCAAGUUGUUGUUACCAUGAACUAUCGGCUAGGUGUCCUCGGUUUCCUAAAUGCCAAUAUUUCACCUCAAACUAAAGCCAGGGUAGCCAAUUAUGGCCUGAUGGAUCAACUCGCUGCACUUCAUUGGGUACAAGAGAAUAUUGCCCAAUUUGGAGGUGAUCCUGGUAAUGUGACACUGAUGGGCCAUGGAACGGGUGCAGCAUGCGUCAACUUUCUCGCCAUCAGUCCCACUGUUAUUCCCGGGCUGUUCAAGCGGGCAAUCCUUUUAUCCGGGAGUGCCCUCUCAUCUUGGGCAGUGGUAGACGACCCGGCGACAUACGCAGUUCGUCUGGCUAAAGCUGUUAACUGCACUGUACCGACUGAUCUACUAAAAGAACACGAAUUGAUCGUUGACUGUCUACGGGAUACAAGACUAGAUCGUCUCAUGUCGGCUGAUGUUGAGCCUCCGUCCUUUCUAAGUGCAUUUGGACCGAGUGUCGAUGGAGUUGUCAUAAAGCCUGACUUCCAGAAGGACCUCCUGUCGUAUCUUGGACCCGAGUUUCAAGGAUAUGGACAAAUGCCGAAGAGAAAUGAUCCUGGCACACCGAUAACCAGCAACAACAAAUACGACUUGUUAUUCGGAGUAACCACGAGUGAAGCACUGUGGAGAUUUGCUGAGCACGAUGUGCAAUCUGGUUUUGAGGGCGAGAGACGCGACAGAAUAAUAAGAACAUACGUCAGAAACGCCUACACGUACCACUUGACCGAAAUUUUUUACACGAUUGUUAACGAAUACACGGAAUGGGAAAGAACAACUCAACACCCAUCGAACACUAGAGACGGUUGUGUUCAAGCACUGAGUGAUGCUCAAUUUGUAGCACCACUCGUUCAAACUGGUGAUCUCUUCACACUCCGUCAUACCGUAAAACCAAAUAGCGAUCACAUUGCACCGAUUCCUGAUCAUGACAGCGAACCAAUGCCCAAGACCUACUUCUACGUUUUUGAUUUUCAGGCCAAGGACAGCGAUUAUCCGGAGAAAAUGGGAAUUUCCCAUGGCGAGGACUUGCCCUACAUCUUCGGUGCACCACUAGUCAACGGUUUCAAUCACUUCCGCAAGAACUACACCAAACCCGAGAUGAUUAUGUCAGAAAGCAUGAUCCAAGCCUUCGAGAACUUCAUAAAAACCGGAAAUCCAAACGUCAUGGAGUACCAUGGGAACAAAGCGGAUGGACAAAUGCCUAUGACCCGUGAGAAGAACAGAUUUCGAUCGAUAACAUGGGAGCAGUACGACCCGGUGCAUCAGAAAUACCUCGAAAUCACCAAAAAACCAACGGUGAAGAAUCACUUUCGUGCCCACCAAUUAUCGGUAUGGCUCCGGCUAAUACCAGAACUCCAUCGUGCUGGAAUGGAGGACGUUGAGCCCCGACACAAUCUCUUUCGUAGCCAUGGGGAUCCCAAUCUCUAUGAUGGCCUGGUGCGGCCUGAUCCACUGAGUAGAAUAGGGGAGGAAUACAGAAGACGAAAUUUCACGACAGAACCGCCGACAACUACGGAUUACAGCAUAACCACCUGUGUCAGCGUAAUUCCCAGCACGAAUCCACAGAAUGUACAUAAUGCAAGCAGCCCGGAUACUCUCUCGGGCUUGGAAGUGGCUGGAUACGCUGCCUAUUCGACGGCUUUGAGUGUGACAAUUGCCAUCGGCUGCAGUCUUCUGAUCCUAAAUGUCCUUAUAUUCGCUGGUGUUUAUUAUCAGCGCGAUAAAACGAGACUGGAGGUUAAAAGUCUCCAGCAACAGCAGAUGAUGAAUCAACAGUGUGGCCCAAGGGGUUUUACCGAACUCAAGCAGCCACCACCGCCCCAUUCUCACUUCACAAGUGGUGGCCAAGUUAUUGUUGACGUCGAGAAUGAAAUGCUCAGGAGAAACGUGAUGAAGGCCAAUGAUCCGGGUAUUCUCCAGAGCCAGAGCACUCAUACACUGCCUCAUCAGCAUCACUAUCAAAAGCAACAGCACACACCACAUGCCACAUUGCCUAGAGCAUCUGUUAUUCAGGAUAUGGGAAUGCAAUCCCAGUGUCCACCAAAUGGUUCGAUUCACUUAACAGUGCCACGAGCACCACCGCCACCGAGGACCAAAAGCCCACCUGAAAAUCAACCCCUGCUGCAAAGUGGAAGCAUUGUUAAUCGCGUUACACAAGGCAGUAUGACUGAAAUGAGAGUGUGAUGUAUGGAGUCCCCUCCGAGACCAGUCGUACCCGAUGUACUCACAGCAUCGACAUUGCUCUAAAGUAAUCGCUAUUGUAAACGUCACACACACCAUUGGAAAUUCUCGAGUGACGAGUUAAAGUGAUAACUUUUCAUGGUGAAUUACGACGUUUACAUCGACAGUAGGAGGGGACUCAUAACAGCUGACGAUCAUAAAUUAUUUGAUAUUUAUUUUUUCAUGGUUAUUGAGUGGAUAAAUCCAUCAUUAUCAUUCUGUUGAGCAUAAGACUAUCCGUCAUCUAUUAUUUCCGACCACUGAUAUUGUUUAUCUGAGGGAAAAACGAAGAAACUAGACUGACAAAAAAUCAAAAAAUCAUUCAUCUGAUGUACUGGAAUCAAUUGAAGAAUCAAACGAUUAGGACAAAUUAGCCACAAUUUUUGUGAUUAAGACGAGAGACAGUCGAGAGAAAAAACGAGAGAAUCAAAAUGAAAAUUUUCAAAUCAAACACGAGAAUAACUGAAUUUUCAACUAAAAACACUCGUAACUCGUAAUAAAAUAGGUAAUAAAAUAAUAAAUGGAAGAAUUGAGUACGAGGCGUAACAUGAGAAUGUUUUUUAGGUGUUAUACGAUGUCACAUGGCUCAAAACGAAGUAAUGAUGAAUCACGACCCGUGUAUAAAUAAUUUUUAUGAAUGACGAUUAAAUCAUACGAUGUUAGAUGUUCCUUGUACAUAAUUAAGCAUAAGAGUGAAGACUUUUUACAGUUAAAAAUUUACAAAACGCGCAAAUGGCGUUCGCUACUCGCUGCUGCGCAUUUUUGUAUUAAUUUUUUACUUAUCGUUUCCAGUGAAUAAUUCAGAAUGGAUAACCCAGAGGAUAUAUUACGUUUAAAUGUCCAAAAUUUUAAUAAAAAAUAAUAAAAUAGUAGUGACCGUAAAAUCAUCACUGAAAAAUUAAAAUGAAAAUUUCAUUUGUGCUUACAAACAACUGGGAUCACUCGUACAGACAAUGAACAUUAGCUUCUCGUUGUGUUUGGGGUAGGAAGAGUAACCCCUUCCCAUUUCACUUCAGUUACAAUCUGCAGAUGGCAAACAGUCUCUCUACCUCUCUUUCUUGUUCAACACACCGACCUAUUUUAUUCUCCUGCGGUUAAUGACUAUUUAAGCUCAAGUAGUUUCAUUCCACUUCACCUCUUACCUUCCCCCCCUUCCCUUUUUGCUCUUCCAUCUUGUGGGAAUUGUCUUGUACUAGUAGAUGAACUUUGCCGCAACGAUUUGUCCUUUUUCAAGGUAAAAUGCUGGAGCACAAAAAGAAAUUCCAUCUGGAGAAGUUGAAUUGACGAGAGAAGGGAGUUAACUAUUUCCAAGAUACCAUGGAUUCACCGUACGUGAAGAGAAAAAAUUGUAAAAAUUUUCGAAUAAUAUUGUCUCCUAAUUAUAAUUUUUAAUUGAAAAUAAUUUUCGAAUUAUCAGCAAAAUUGACUCAAAUUGUUGGUUGAGCAAAGUGUUGUUCAAAAUAAUUAAUUUGCCCUGGAUCAGGGAUUUUUACAAAGAAUAAGAGAAUCGACGUCAAAAGGAAUAACUCAAAUGUGUCUGUAAAUAAAUGAAAGUGCACCGACUGUACGAGAGAGGUGAAUACAAUAGAGAGCUCAAAAGAAUAAAAAAUAAAUGGUUUGAAGUGAGUAGAGUAAUAAUUCCACUGCCACAAACUUUAUUAUUAUUCAUACUUAAAGUUAAAGUAUUGCACAGAAUAAUGAAGGAAUCGUACGGCUGUUGAUUGCAAUGAGAAAUUUUAACAAUUACGCAAAAGACUUAAGUGUGAGAUAUUUCUAGUUGUAAAUAAAAGUUGAACGUUAUGGUAUGAAUACGAGAUUAAAUAUCCUAAUUCAUUUGACUCAUUUUAUGUUCUCAAGAGCUAUAUAAUUCAAUUGUACUAUUAUUUGAAAAUUCCCCAUUGAUGGAUGUGUGUGAAUUUAAGAUAUCAUUAUAAAUAUGGACAAUCCGAACAAUUGUGAAUAGGAAUGUGAGAGGUAGAAGUAAUAAUUCGUUCCAAUGGGCUCUAGGUCGUUUUAUAUUACGAUAAUUCGUGACGAGUAUGCGCCUUUUGACGUCGAUAAAAUGAAAUAAUGAUAAUGAAUUUAAUACCAUUAUUAAUACCAAUGAGAGAUGAAAAUGAAUAAGAUAAUACGAUUCUAGAAGGCCAGAUUUCAACGUCAAAUCCGUCGUCGCCCAUUUUCGGCCGAUACCGAGGGCUUCAACGUGUUACG